AUGGCGAGCUUCUCAUCGUGCCGAUACCUUUGGUGCAACGUGUUCGAUGUCUUCCGUACGCUCACCGACGACGAGGCCACUGUCGACGACGUCGGCGCAGUCCUGUGCUUAGUCGAGCUCGUCUGUACUAUUGCGGUUUGUGUGCAACUAAUUGUGUGGUAUGUUUUUAUUCAAAAAGUUUCGCUGCGGUCUUUUGUAAAUUUAAAAAGACAUUCUGCGAAUGGCUUUUUAAAUGGAAUAUAAAUAAUUUCCCAAAAAACAGAAAAUCUAUGUAGAACAGAAUGACGUUUUUAGCGUUGACGGCCGGGCCCACUGGAAGGAAGCCGACUCACGCGCCGAACGUCGAGAGGAAUCAAGCAGUCAAUGAUCUGAUCGACUUGUAAUAAAAAAACGUUUCGGUUUUCAUGCAAUAAAGUAUCUCUGAACAAAAGCACACAAAUGGCGGACACAUCAACGUCAGCAGAUUCACACCAAUACCUCGCUCUGAUGAUAAGAGCAUCUGUAGGCGGCCUGGAUUACAUGACCUACUUUUACGGUGUCAUCGAGUUACGCGUCGAGAACACGGAUAGUGUGCAAGAUCUUCUAGCACUCAGAACACUUUGACCCCUCAUCCUAUCUAAUGUUCCCCUACCCCCACCCACUUCAGACCUAUUUCAUACUAAGUCCGCAAUUGCGCGUAUUAUCAUGCGCCCCCGCGCCAAUAUACGCAAGCUUUAGCCCGCCAAUUCUAGGUGUUUCAGUGAUCUGUUUACUGCUCAAUUGAGAUCUCUUGUGUUAGUCCCACUCAUUUCCUUCGUUCUCAAUUGUAGUAGUGACUCUUAUUUAAGUUAAAUUGUUGUUUGAGAGUAGGCGUUAUUACUAUCGUCUCCUCGUCUGUUAUAAUGUUAAGUCAAAGGUUUAAUUACCCAAGUUUGAGAUCAUUCGCAAGAAUAAAGACCAAACAACAGGAAGAACUUCUUUAGAUAGCGUCUACACGGAGAUGCGUGAACUGGUGGAUGCGGACUCCGAUCUUUUGUUUCGCCAUGGUCUCACUUCGUCACAAAACGAGUAUGCCUACCAGUUUUGGGACAACCUAGUAGGAUUUGGCUCCGAUGGAGGGAGCGUGUUCUCAGGUCACAGGAACGGGCUCAGAGGCAAACUCACGGAACUGAAAGUGAGCGCAGGUCGGCCGUUCUUCCACGCCAUCUGCAUGGCGUAUAAAGUGGAUCUCGUCACUAACCACAUCCAAUCGCACUUCAGAAACCUUAUAGGGACCAUCUAUGCCACUACCUUUAGGUAUUUUGGGUCCGUGCAAAACAAGAAGUUGGUGGAGGACUACCGCUGUAGUUGUCUUGCUGCCGGUCUCACCCCUCACCCCAUCAAAAAGAUCUUUGAAGUGAGAUGGGUAGCCUCGGAGCUGGCAGCAUUGACCAACCUUCUCCGCCGCGGUUGGCAGUGUAUCCUCCACGUGUUAGACCAUCGCCUGGCUAAUAAGCUCGAUAUGGAAGACAAAAACAAGAACAGGAGGGUUGUAUUCGCUUCCCUGAGAUACGUCAUGCGAGAUCCACGAGUAUUCGCCGCCACUUUGAUGUGGAAAACGGCGCUCCAAGUUUUAGCCGAAACAUCGAAGUUAGCCCAGCAGACCUCAGCCCCUAUUACACUGGUGUGGAACUUGCUGCCGAAACUUGAGCGUCGGAUCGCAUACGACGCAGAAUGGAAGAAGAGAUACUCGGACGAGGCAAAUGAGCACGGCCUGCAAUUCAGCGAUGAGGGGAACUUCAAGUCGGUUCCAAUAGCUACGUUGGACUCGUAUAAAGACUGGCCGGGUGUAUUCCGUCUGAACGCGGACAUUAGGAAAGGUGCCAAGAAAGAAUUGGAUGCUGAGUGCCAGGCUCACUUGGACAGCAUUCAUUCCAAACAGGGGGGCUCAGCUGCAUUGGCGAAGUACAUUACGGAAUCCAAGGUGGUCCAGUUUCGCCAGUUGAAUUCGAAGCAGGAGGGCUAAGAACUGCAAGAGACCCUCGAACUGCUAGGAUUGGAAUCAUCAGCAGAUAAGAGCAGAAAUUCUAAGCAGCUCCUGGACAACGCUUUCCAAGAAGUGAUACCGAUGAAAAAAACCGUGAUGGAAUGUGAGGAUCCGGAGAAGUUCAAAAAGAAAAUGCCACACGUGAUUACGCAUUAUGCUGCAUUGGACUGGGACACUUUUUCUCCGCGCUCCAUGAUUGAAGACCUACAAACUUCUGUAAGGGAAGGGUUGGUUUUGAAGUCAGUCGACGAUGCACCCAUACCCCGUAGAAAGACGAAGAACGCGGACUCCGCCGAGUACAGAUUCGACUACAAAAUGUUCGAAGCAUUUUCGGAGUAUCUUGUACUCGACGUUUUGUGGAAUAAGGACUUAGAUACUGUUUUCUCGGUGAACUUUAAACCAGCAGUGGCAGGCAGUAACUGGAUGACUCCCGCGGACCGGAAAAUAACGGUAGAGAAUAGUGUUCAAUCCAUAUCAGGACUUCUCAAUACGGACGGCGAUCUGGCAGCCGAAUACAUGCUAUUUAUGAAAAACUUGCCAAAAUGUUUGAAUAGAGAAACGGUAUUGAAGUUGGCUGAGAAUCCCGCGGCUGUCUGGAAGUUUGUGGCGAACGAAGUUAAAUGCUGGCCGUCUCCGCUACCACUCAUGAAACAGGCGCUAAGUUUCAUAACAGCACUCCCCGGGUCGACAGCAGAUGUCGAGCGAGCCUUCUCCAUCUUGUUCCACACGAGAAACUCGAGACGCUCGAAGAUGAUUGUCGAAACGUUGAAUGAUGUGUUAAUGUAAAGGGAGCUUGAAAAAGUGCCAACAACUAACUAUUUCAGGGUUAGGCUGAAUCUGUUCAAUUUGGAAAACUUCGAUCCUCACGAGUUCGUUGCUCAUUGGAUUCGCACCAACCAUCGGCUUCUCGCCACCAGUAGAGUAAAAGAUAACUCAGCGAUGUUCAAAUUCAAACAAUUCUUGGACAGAGGUAUGUAAGCAGGAAUCCAUCUUUCCAGGUUAUUCUUUGUUCCAGACCACACUCUUCUCAUACAGGACGAUGUUUUACUACCUUCUGAGAAUGAAGAUGAAUUCGCUGAUGAAGUUGUGAAUCCAAAUUUUUACUUAGAAGUGGAGCAGAACGAACAGAAACGUGCUUUGAAUCAUCAGUCUGAUAGCUUUCUUGUCGGCGAUGGGCAACCUUGGGUCAGUGGAAGAUCUUCUAAGUAAGUUUCACCCCUUCCCGACCGUUGUUAAAGAAAGCAAAAAGAUUCGGUGAGGCGAGAAUUCGAACCUAAGAACAGAAACUUGAUGGUCUGCAAUGCUAACCAGUCGGCCAGUAUGCUCGCGAAAAUACAACUCUCUCUCCGCGAAGACAGGCCUGCGAGUGCCUCCCCCCAUGCUACGGGAUACCACCGCUCCCGCAGUUUGGAGGGUAGGUGGCCGGAAGUGGGCUCAAACUGGUCAUGGGUGGCUGAAAACGUAUAAAUGGUUUGAAUUAGAUUGACUGAGACGGUCGCUAUAGGAGGAGAACCGCAUGUUACAUCUUUGGAAGACUCUUCUACUGAAAAAUCUAAGGGGAGACUCUAAUUUGUUGGAGAGGGAUGUCGAUGAGGGAUGGAAAAGUUCACAGCCGUACUCGAGAAUGGGUCUGACGUAAACGUUGAAAAGUUUAAAGUAGAGACUGGGGUUCGAGGAGCGAAAGGCUUUCAGAAUUUGUUUGCAUUUCAAGAGGGCGGUAUUGCUAACUAUUGUGAUAUGCUUAUCGAAUUUGAGCUUGUCAUCUAUCCAGAUGCCGAGGUCCUUCACGGAAUCUUUUGAUUCGAUUUCGAUGCCAUUCAGGAGAUAUCUGGUUUUGGGAUUUCUUUCCAAAGUGGAGAACUGCGGAUUUAUUUUCUGCUAGCUUUAGUUGCCAGGUUUCGCACCAUGAUGCGACAAUGUUUGCACUUUCUUGAAGCGUUUUUGGGUUAUCUCCGAAAAUUUUCAAGUCAUCAGCGAACGCGGUGACAUGGACGUCGGCGGGGAAAAGGGCUAGCAAAUCAUUAAUGAAGACCAAGAAUAGGAACGGCCCUGUGACCGUUCCUUGGGGAACGCCUGAUAGUACUGGGAAGGAGAUGUCGGAGAUAAAAUUAUCGAUUUUUACGGCAGAUGAGCAUGAGCGACUUUCUAGAAAUGAGGCGAACCAAUCACAUGUUUUAGUGUCAAGGCCGAAGUUCUUCAGUUUGCAGAUGAGGAGAUUGUGCGGGACACUGUCAAAAGCUUUCUUAAAAUCAAAGAACAGGGCAUCAGCAAACUUUUUUCUGUUCGCAGUUAUUUGCUGGAUUUUUGACCAUUUUUUUAGCUCUCCACCAUUUUUUAAAAUCUCCACCAUUUUUUAAAAUCUCCACCAUUUUUUUUUAGCUCUCCACCAUUUUUUAAAAUCUCCACCAUUUUUCAAAAUCUCCACCAUUUUUUAAAAUCUCCACCAUUUUUUUAAAAAUCUCCACCAUUUUUUUAGCUCUCCACCAUUUUUUUAAAAAUCUCCACCAUUUUUUUCAAAAAUCUCCACCAUUUUUUUAAAAAUCUCCACCAUUUUUUUAGCUCUUCACCAUUUUUUUUAGCUCUCCACCAUUUUUUUAAAAUCUCCACCAUUUUUUUAAAAAUCUCCACCAUUUUUUUAAAAAUCUCCACCAUUUUUUUAAAAAUCUCCACCAUUUUUUUAGCUCUCCACCAUUUUUUUAAAAAUCUCCACCAUUUUUUUAAAAAUCUCCACUAUUUUUUUAGCUCUUCACCAUUUUUUUAAAAAUCUCCACCAUUUUUUUAAAAAUCUCCACCAUUUUUAGCUCUCCACCAUUUUUUUAAAAAUCUCCACCAUUUUUUUCAAAAAUCUCCACCAUUUUUUUAAAAAUCUCCACCAUUUUUUUAGCUCUUCACCAUUUUUUUAAAAAUCUCCACCAUUUUUUUAAAAAUCUCCACCAUUUUUAGCUCUCCACCAUUUUUUUAAAAAUCUCCACCAUUUUUUUAAAAAUCUCCACCAUUUUUUUAAAAAUCUCCACUAUUUUUUUAGCUCUUCACCAUUUUUUUAAAAAUCUCCACCAUUUUUUUAAAAAUCUCCACCAUUUUUUUAGCUCUCCACUAUUUUUUUAAAAAUCUCCACCAUUUUUUUAAAAAUCUCCACCAUUUUUUUAGCUCUCCACCAUUUUUUUAAAAAUCUCCACCAUUUUUUUAAAAAUCUCCACCAUUUUUUUAGCUCUCCACCAUUUUUUUAAAAAUCUCCACCAUUUUUUUAAAUUCUCCACCAUUUUUUUUAAAUCUCCACCAUUUUUUAGCUCUCCACCAUUUUUUUGAAAUCUCUACCAUUUUUUUAAAAAUCUCCACCAUUUUUUUAAAAAUCUCCACCAUUUUUAAAUCUCCACCAUUUUUUUUAGCUCUCCACCAUUUUUUUAAAAAUCUCCACCAUUUUUAGCUCUCCACCAUUUUUUUAAAAUCUCCACCAUUUUUUUAAAUCUCCACCAUUUUUUUAAAUUCUCCACCAUUUUUUUAAAUAAUAAUAAUAACUCAUUUAUUCUCUUCAGCCACCUAUGAAUAAAAAUUACAACAAAAAAAGAAAGAAGAGAGAGAGGGGGAAUGUGGGUGGGGGAAGGAACAAUGGCUUGACAUGACCAUUGGCCGGCAGUAGCCAGAGGUCAGUUAGAAUACAAAAAGCUAGGGGGGAUCUUCUCGAUGCGCGCCGCGAAGGCCUCAGAGGACAGUCUUUCGGGAAACAACUUGGCCACUCGGUUCCAAAGGGCAAGAUGGGUAUGUAAGAAAGAGUCAUGGGGUAGGCCAAGGGAGGAUAGAAGGUACGGGUGACGGGGGGAGACGCCGGGUUUGAGGAACAUGCUUAGGGAGGGGAAAUGGUACUUGUGCGAGAUUAUGUUGUGGAAUGUUCUGAGAAUAAGAAGAACCCUUCUGUGGAGUAUCGAUUUUGAAUUAGAUUGACUGAGACGGUCGCUAUAGGAGGAGAACCGCAUGUUACAUCUUUGGAAGACUCUUCUACUGAAAAAUCUAAGGGGAGACUCUAAUUUGUUGGAGAGGGAUGUCGAUGAGGGAUGGAAAAGUUCACAGCCGUACUCGAGAAUGGGUCUGACGUAAACGUUGAAAAGUUUAAAGUAGAGACUGGGGUUCGAGGAGCGAAAGGCUUUCAGAAUUUGUUUGCAUUUCAAGAGGGCGGUAUUGCUAACUAUUGUGAUAUGCUUAUCGAAUUUGAGCUUGUCGUCUAUCCAGAUGCCGAGGUCCUUCACGGAAUCUUUUGAUUCGAUUUCGAUGCCAUUCAGGAGAUAUCUGGUUUUGGGAUUUUUCUUUCCAAAGUGGAGAACUGCGGAUUUAUUUUCUGCUAGCUUUAGUUGCCAGGUUUCGCACCAUGAUGCGACAAUGUUUGCACUUUCUUGAAGCGUUUUUGGGUUAUCUCCGAAAAUUUUUCAAGUCAUCAGCGAACGCGGUGACAUGGACGUCGGCGGGGGAAAAAGGGCUAGCAAAUCAUUAAUGAAGACCAAGAAUAGGAACGGCCCUGUGACCGUUCCUUGGGGAACGCCUGAUAGUACUGGGAAGGAGAUGUCGGAGAUAAAAUUAUCGAUUUUUACGGCAGAUGAGCGACUUUCUAGAAAUGAGGCGAACCAAUCACAUGUUUUAGUGUCAAGGCCGAAGUUCUUCAGUUUGCAGAUGAGGAGAUUGUGCGGGACACUGUCAAAAGCUUUCUUAAAAUCAAAGAACAGGGCAUCAGCAAACUUGUUUCUGUUCGCAGUUAUUUGCUGGAUUUUUGAUAUCGAAUCAAGUAGUGCGAGUGUGCACGAUCUGUUGUUCAUAAAUCCGUAUUGGAAUUUUGAGAUUCUUUCUGAGAAUUCAAGACGUAUAGAGCUGAGUAUCACUUUUUCAAAGAGUCUGGAGAUCGGAUGUGUCAGUGAGAUCGGUCGGAAAUUGGAAGGAUCUGUGAAGGAUCCUUUUUUAUGAAUUGGAAUAACUGUGGAGGAUUUGAGGAAGUUCGGGAAGAUUCCACUGUCGAAAGACUCGAUGAAUAUCAGUGAAAGAGGAAUUGUGAUGGAGUCACGACAAUUUUUUAAGAUAAAGAAGUUUAUGACUUUUGUUUCCGCAUUCAAAAAGGAGAAAAAUGUAAAACAAUUCAGUCCCAUGUGAACUCAUGUGCUAUUAUUCAGAUGUACAAAGAUGUGGGAGUCAAGCUGCUGGAUUCGGUAGAAUCCCGAUGGUUUUCUACGUACGAUUGCAUGCAGUCCGUUUACAAAUCGAUCGAUAUUCUCGCAGGGCACAUCAACGAAAUGCCUGUGAAAGCCGAGUUCGAACUCCGCUUCUUGAUCACGGCCGAAUCUAGCAAACGGCAGAAGGAGUUAGCGCAGAUUAUGGAGCCCUUGAAACAGAGCAAUAUUUACUUCCAGGUAAGGGAACUUAAAAUUGACGUGGUGCUGAUAAUCUCGUGGGUUUCAGAAAAAUUCCGACACGCUUAAGGAUGUGGUUCUCGUCACACUGGCGCUCUUGGACGAACUGAAAGUCCUCUCUACGUCAGGUUAUUAUCAAGUUCGCGGACGACGCCAUCACGAAAAUGAUCGGAGAUUUCGGCACCGUCCACUUCACGGCCGUCUAUCUCAAUCCGGUCACGAAGCACCUCUUACAAAUACAAACCAGGUUCCAACAUCACGGAUCUGCAAUUGCUGGAACAGAUGCUGAUUUCGAAAAAAUUCGAUGA